AUGAAUAAAAGAUAUAUUAAGAUUGCUUUAACACUUUUAAGUGUCGCAGGAUAUAUGCAAAAUGUAGCAUUUGCAAGCGAAACUGAUGAACAAAGUUGUACAGCAAACUCCUCCCUCCGCCAUAAACCAUCAUCAGUAUAUCAGCAAUACAAAGAUGAGACAAAUAACAACUUUUUUGAAGGUCUAGAAGCAGCACAUUAUUCAAAAAAUUCUAAAGAUAUUUUAAAAAAACUUGCUGAUGCUGAUGUACAGAAUUACACGGACUAUCCUUUAGAAAAUGAAAACACAUUAUAUAAUAAGAAAAUUAGAAAUAUGGAUAUUGGAAGGCUUGAUAUUACCAUUCCAUCUUCCUCUAAGUACAAUACUAUAAUAAACCAAUACUGGGAUUUCAAAUAUGACAAAAAUCCUGAUGAAAAAAUUAUUAACGGAAAAGUUGUUCGUUUAUACUGCGAAGGUGGAGUCAUAUUUGAAAAACCAAACACAUAUCCUAAUAAUACACCACUCAAAAAAAUAUAUACUUUAGGCUCAAGAAUUUAUCGAAAAGAAAUGACUGUAAUUGUAUGUCCUUCAAGAAUUCUAAAUUAUGACGGUGAAAUCAAUAAAGGAACUGAUUUGGAAACCCUUUACAAAAGUCAUAAAUUAAUCCAAACUAAUAUUGAUCCUGUGGAAGCAUUAAACAAAUAUGCUGAUAAUAUAGCCGGAUUUGUAAUUAAAAAGGACGAAGAUAAUGAUCAAGUUCAUCUUACUUAUAUCAACGCUAUCUAUGAUAAUGGCAAUUCUACCGAGUAUGCCUACAAUAAAAGACAGAGAGAUCAUGAAUAUACAAAAAUCCUAAAGUUAGCAAAACGCAUUAUGGCUAAUGAAUUCGAUUAUCCUCCACGUAAAGGUGUUUAA